AUGCUGCGUUUCCAACUUUUGUUAGUGCUGGUCCUAGCCCUUGCAACCGGGGUGCUGGGGAUAGAAACGACGAGUAUCCUAAGCGAAUUGAAGAACCUUCCCGCUUGCGGUACAAAUUGCUUUACUUCCGUUAUCAACGAUACCCCGUGCGAUAUAUUCAACGCUACUUGCAUUUGCACCGAUCCGACCUUCCACGAUGCUGCACAAGACUGUAUCACGUCUAAUUGCCCUGCCCAGGAGGCUCUGAACGUCAGCAAGGUCGAAGCGAGAGUUUGCGAGCGGCCAUACAGAACACGUAAAUACGUAUUAUUCAUACCCAUGAUGGUCGAGGGCCCGUCGUGGUUUUGUCCCUGGAUUCGAUUAUACUCGAGGUGGCUCACCUUGGGACGGUGGGAGCUUGAUGACUGGGUCAUGUUGGGGAUUGGAAUGCUUUACUCCGUGUUCUUGGUCCUCGGCAAGUAUACUGGGUAUCUGGCCUUCGGGAUCGACAUGUGGAAUUUGGAGUACGAAACGAUCACUACCGCUCUAAAGUAUUUCUACAUUUGCGAGAGUUUCUACAUCCUCUCUCUUGCCCUAUGCAAGGUUUCCGUCCUGUUCUUUUACCUCCGCAUCUUUCCCUCUCACAAAUUCCUAAUAGCGACAUACAUUUCCAUGGGCAUCAUCAUGGUACCAUCCGUCGUUCUCAUCUUUGUACAGAUAUUCCAAUGCAAGCCGAUCCACUGGGUAUGGCAUGGCUGGCGAUUGGCCUACUACAGAGAUCGCUGCAUGGAUAUACACACAAUCACCUUCGUCGCCGCCGGUCUCAACAUCUUCCAGGACUUGGUGGUGCUCCUUCUGCCACUGCCAUCCUUAUUCCGGCUGAAGAUGGAGAAGAAAUCCAAAUGGGGCAUCAUCGUCAUGUUCAGUCUGGGAAUUUUCGUCACCAUCACUUCUUGCAUACGACUGCGCUAUAUUUCACUAUUCGGUCGAUCCGCCAAUCCGACGUGGGAGUAUCCAGAGGUCCUAAACUGGACAGGAAUUGAACUCUCCGUCACCAUCAUCGUAGCAUGCUUGCCCGCGAUGUGGGUUCUUCUGAAGCACUUCUUCCCGUGGAUCGGGACGACCGUAUCGAGCGGAUACAAUAAAGAUAAGACGUCGGGCUCAAAGGGCGCAUUACGGGCGACUAAGGGCGUUGAAAGUCAGAAAGGGUACUUUAAGACCAAGAGCCGUGACAGAAGGAAUGAAAGUCAGGUUGAGCUUGGGACCGGAGUCCUCGCCCAGAUCAGUCGCGCAGAGUGCUGGAAAGAAAUGAUGAUGGAAUCAUUCAUGGUUGUGAAAACGGUCACCACAACCUCGAGAUCAUACAGUUGA